AUGAUGAACAAGGACGACAUUCUCGCGCAGACAGUUGAAAAGUAUUUUUUUUGUUAAGGAUUUUUUGUUAUCAUCAAUCAAAAUAAUCAUUUUCAGUGAUGCCAACUACAAAGUCCGCGCAGCACUUAUUCGGUCGAACGAUGAAAUUGACGCGAAAUUCGGAUUUGAUACGCACUCAGAAGCAAUUGUACGAUAUCGAGCAGGGGAAGGACGUGAAAAGGCCGUCAGCAACGAAAGAAAUGUUAGUCGGCGGAAAAAAUGAGAGAAAUGAGUUCCAAGUUUGCAGGCGGCGGAGAAGGCAUUGCUCGAAAAAGUGUAAAUAUGGUAUCCGUCGGAGAGAAUCAUUAAUCAACCGCCUCCGCUUCUGUCAAAGCUCCGACAACGUCGGUCUUCGAGGAGGACACCGACUCCCGAGACUUCGGUUCGUCCUAAAUUGUGAAAUUGGAUCUAAAACGUUAUCGAAAUUCCGAGAUUUCAGUCGUUUUUUGCAGGAAUUUCGAUGGGCAGGUGUGGCGGCGACGUGUCCAGUAG